CUCUUUGCCUAUUUUACUCACCCAAAUUUUAUUAGAAAGAAAGAAAAAACAAACCACUGCCUAAUUUUUUCCUAACAGAAUAGAUUUCCAAUUUCCUGCCAAAAUGAAGUGGCCAAUGCCGAGCGGAUGGCAAUUCAUCAUCAACGGCAGCUUAGUCGUUGCUUUAGUUUGCAUCAUCCAUUCAAUCGAUGAGAUUCGUUUUGAGAGUCUCUUCAAGUUGGAUAGAAUACCCUUAUUGCAUCCCAAAACAUUUCACCAUUCAAUCAGCGAGGCCAUUUUAGGGAAUACGCCACCGAAUAGUACAAUAUUCCUAGCCACCACAACCACCGAAAUCCCCAUGCCCCAGCAAAAAUUCCAAUUCCCACUCAACUGCACAUUCGGUAGCCAUCUAACUUGCCCGGCAAACUACUACCCAACGAGCUUCCCCUCCCAAGAUGAUCAAGACAGUCCAUCAACCACUACUACGUGUCCGGAUUACUUCCGUUGGAUCUACGAGGACCUACGACCGUGGAAGGAGACCGGGAUCACGAGGGAGAUGGUGGAGGAGAGGGCAAGGGUUGAGUCCAACUUCAGGCUGGUGAUACUCAACGGAAGGGCCUACGUUGAGAGAUACAGGAAGGGGUUUGAGACCAGGGAUCUUUUUACGCAGUGGGGAAUCCUACAGUUGUUGCGGAGGUACCCCGGGAAAUUACCUGAUUUGGACCUAGUGUUCAGUGUCUCGGACAGGCCAGUUAUCAAAUCAGCGGAUUACAGUACUCGGCCCAAUGCAACGGCCCCACCUCCAUUGUUCCGGUAUUGCGGAACAGAUGACACAUUGAGCAUCGUUUUUCCUGAUUGGUCGUAUUGGGGAUGGGCAGAGGUAAAUAUAAAACCAUGGGAGAGAAUAUUAGAGGAACUAAAACAAGGAGACAAGAGAUGGAUGGAUAAGGAGGCUUAUGCAUACUGGAAAGGCACCCCGCUUUCUCGAAAUAGAAGGGAUCUCCUCAAAUGCAAUAUCUCCGACAAACAAGACUGGGGUGCUCGCUUGUACAUACUGGAUUGGAAGAAAGAAAGACAGGAAGGGUUCAAGCAAUCAAACUUGGCCAGCCAGUGUAUGCACAGGUACAAGAUAUACCUUGAAGGAUUCGGAUGGUCAGUGAGUGAAAAAUAUAUUCUUGCAUGUAAUUCUGUUACCUUACUGGUAAAGCCACGUUACUAUGAUUUCUUCACAAGAGGCUUGAUGCCGAUGCACCACUAUUGGCCCCUAAAAGAGUACGACCAGUGCAGAUCUAUUAAGUUUGCCGUUGAAUGGGGCAACAACCAUGAGCAAGAGGCACAAGAUAUUGUGAAGACGGCAAGUGACUUCAUUCAAGAGGAUUUGAAGAUGGAUUAUGUGUAUGAUUACAUGUUUCAUGUCUUGAGAGAAUAUGCCAAACUCCUAAGAUACAAGCCCACUAUACCUGAAAGGGCAAUCGAAAUAUGUUCGGAGACAUUGGCUUGUCCUGCGGUAGGAUUACACAACGCGUUUAUGAUGGAAUCAAUGGUGAAGGGUCCAACAGACGUGAGCCCAUGUAACAUGCCUCCUCCAUAUGAUCCUCAUGCAUUUCGUACGCUUCUCAAAAGCAAAGCAAAUUCAGUUAGCCUAGUCGAGUUGUGGGAGCAGAGAUACUGGGAGAAUCAAGCUAAACAUAAUUAG